AUGUACUGCCUGAAGCAUUGUGCUGAGCUAUGUCAGGCCAUCGUGCUCACCUUUGACAAACCAGCCAGGUUGAGUACAGAUGACAUUUGGGACCAUGUAAGUACUCUUUCCAAGGCAGCCAACUGCAGUGAAGUCUUUGGGGAAGAGAUGAUGGCAGCGCUGGGCACUCCAGAUAUUUGCACCUGGUCACAGGACCAUCGGAAUAUGCGUGUACCUCUGGGUUACAAUGCAACCUUGCUUUUGAAUGAGAACCUGGUCAUCAAUGGGACGCUCGUGCCAUUAGGCAACAUGGCAUGGCCUGGACCUCCGGAAACAAUGAGCCCUCUCUUUACUCAACAAGACUUCGACAUGUCCUCCGCAGAUUUGAGUGCCAAUGUCCGCAUCACGCGUUCCUGCAGCUGGCUGUGCUACACGAGUACGAACCUCACAGGUGAUGCAGGGCGUCCUUACAAAGCUCUGUGGAGCUUUGGACCUCAAACGCCGGAGCCAAUGAGACAGUCUUUGGCCGGGGUGUUGGCAAACGCCAGCCAACAAGACUUGUUGGAACUGGCCAUCAGUCCUGCUGAGUUUAAUGCUGCCGUUGAUGCGGUGGCGCAGCAGAUUGGUGAGCUCGACAUCGUGCGGCUGGAGAUCAUAGUGACCAUCACCAACUGGCUGGGUGAAAGCACUGCAGGAAAUGCAUCCACUUGGAUACAGCUCGACCAGGCGCCUCAAGUGGUGCCGGUGGGCUCUACAAGUGUUCAGAUCUUCAAUCGAGAAGAGGUCGAGUUCAACAUGCAAACCGAACUCAGGGAGAGCUUCGAAUGUUCCGACGCAAGCCGUUACAACCGCCGUAUCACUGUGGACUGGGAGUACUCCAGCUCCAACACGACUGGUUGGGUCAAGCUGUCUGAGGUGUACGGCUUGGAGGAUCGAGCAUUUUCGCCGUUUACCCUCAGCUUUGCCGCAUUCAGCUUUGAACCGGAGACGAGUCACUACUUCCGAGCUACUGCUUAUUUUCAAGGUUUGGACCCAAGUAUCGUGGAGAAUACCCAGGUCUUGCAGUUUGCCGUUCAUGUGAAGCAACGUGAAGCACCCAUUGCUUUAGUGUCCGGACCAUCAGAGACCUCAAUAAACUGCGGUUUCGUGGUGUCUGCGCAGGCCUCCCAAGAUCCUUCGUUGCCUUCCAGCGUGACACCGGACUUUCGGUACAGGUGGAGUUGCUUCAGCAGCCUGGGCGUGAGAGACAGGGUGUGCCAAUUCUUGGACUCUGCCAGCUCAGAUUUCAGCAUUCCCGGUGGCAUCCUACAGGAGGGGCUCUUUACAUUUACGGCCCGGGUUUGGAGAUCCUUUGAGACUGAAGCAGAUGCCUCGAAUGCCUCCAUUACAGUUUCCCUGUCCGCCUCAGCGCCACCACCUGUGGUCAUCACCACACCAUGGCUGAACGGCAGUGGGGUGUCCACGACCAUGGGUUGGAGCACUGGCCCUGUGGCAAAUAUCAUGGGCAGCUCCACGUGUGCCAUCCCAGCAGUUGGAAGUUUCAGGUGGGCCCUAGUGAGUUCCACAGGGACGAUUUUGUCAAUCAAUGUGCCUCAGGGUUCAUGGAACUCGUCCUAUGCAUCCUUGAGCUUGGCAAGUUCAACCUUUGAUGGCUCCACAUUGACCGUGGGAGAGCAAUAUGAGUAUGUGUUCAUAAUCGGCCUCCAAGAUGACACCAUCACGCUACUGGAUAACAACGUGCUGGGUUCGCUCACUAGCGCAGCAGCCGCAGGAGCUUUCCUGGUGCGUUCUUCCCCAUUCCUGGCUGAUGGUCCCCCUCGUGAUGGGCAAGUGCAGGCCGAUCCUGCAGAAGGCUUUGCGGUGGAGACGAAGUUCAAACUCAAUGCGCUUGAUUGGGUAGAUGAAUCUGUCCCAGAACUCCAGUAUGCCUUCUAUCAGUUCACAGAAUCUCAACUCAGCUUCACGACUCCCUUCGACAUCACGAUAGCGACCAAUACCAUCGUGUGGGACAACAGCACGGACUCCAACUACUGGGUCUCGUUGCAAGGAAUCCUUCUACAAGAUUGGUCAAAGAGUGCCACCUGCGAGACCAUCCUUCCAAUUGGCAACUUGAUCACGAUACUUCGCGUGCGCGAUCAAUUUGGCGCCAGCAGCGUUAGUGGCCUGCGGGGUCCCGUGGUCACUGCCCCGCUGGGUGGAGUAGAUCCAACCCUGGCGAGUGCUGCCCUGGGCAGUGCUGUGGCACUCAACGAGGCCAACAGCAUCCUGAACGCUGUAGCAGCUGUGAGUUCUGUAAGCGUAGCUGGCAGUGAUGCGGAGUCCAGGGCGGUGGUCGACGCCUCCAUGACAGCCUUAGAAGCCGCCGCAGAGUUGGCCCCGCCUGAUGCAUCGACGCUGCAGAAGGUUGGCGGGGUAGUGACGGCGGCUUUGUCCAGUGGGUCAGCAGGUACCCAAGACAAGUCCACCUUGAGCCGUGCUACAGAUGUCCUUGGCACUGUCUUGAACACGGCCACCGCGGCCACCGCUGUGGUGACUGAGGAUGCCGGAAAUGCGAUGCUUGGCUCCCUGCUGACCAUCACCACUGCCAACACUGACGGUGGAGGAGACCCUGAGCAGUCGGCUGCUGUGACGGCAAAAGCCUUGGAUUUGGUCUCCAAGUUGGGCCAGGUGAUGUUGAACUCCGUCCCGGCCAACGGCACCCUGACGCUCAGUUCCUUGGACGCGCAGGGCCGUGGCUCGGAGACGGAACUGGCGAAGAGCAGCACCACCGACGUGGACCAGAAUGGUCUGACUGCAUCAGGUGUCUCCAUCCCUGCCUCAGGGCGACGUCUUCAGAGCGCGCCAGCUUGCAGUGAGGUUGGACUUCAGUACACCCAGUGGAUUGCAAGCAAUCCAUACUCCUGGGCCAAUGAUACUCUUGGCAUCAACAGCAACAUUGCGAGCAAUGCCACUGUGUCCGUGCUAGAGCUCUCACGCUGCGGGGUGGUUGUCGGCUUCCCAACUUUUGUGGAAGUUGCAGUGGCAAUGCCUGGCGAUGCGGAAAGUCCAACUGACACACCAACCUGUGUCAUUUUCGACACAGGCAAAGGCGAGUGGGUCACGGACAAUAUCUCCUUGGUCAGUGCGAACAAAGAAACUUACAUCGCGCAAUGCUCUACCAUAAGCAGCGGCACCUAUGCUCUGUACUACAGGCACACCCCUUUGCAAGAAAAGGAGAAUUUCUCAACGAUCAUCGCGAUUGCCUUCACGGUUCCGCUGGUUUUGGUUGCAUCCAGUCUUGCUGGAGGUGCCAUCUACCUCAUGAGAAAGCGAGCUAUCGAGAAGCAGCACAGGAAGAAAAAGGUGUAUCCUGAGAAGGAAAAACCACCUCUUCAAGAGGUUGUGACUGAAGAGCCACCAGGAGGAGAUACAGAUGUGGAAGAACCAGGCCCAGACAAUACUGAAGGCGGGGAUACCAACUCGCCAUCCCGGCCAAUUAUUGCGUUUGAGGAAGGUCGAAACAGCGCUGCGCUGCAUGCUCUGCGGCGGCAUAGCUAUGGUGAAGUGGCACAUCCACCACUACCGCCAUCGAGGCCGAAUUCAAGUCAUUCGCAACCACAUUUGGAUUUCCCGCAAGGCUUGUUGGACCCAUCUCAAGGCUACAAUCCGAUUCAGGGAUGGCCUUCGCCCCAGGGCCCUUCUCCUUCGGGCAUUUUCUCCUCAUCUCCGGUCCAUGUGUCGCCUGUGCGCGUCAUCCACCGGAGCAGGAGCCAAAGUCGGGAGCAGUCUGUCGAGAGACCAGCGGAAAUCCUCCUGCCGGGAAGCAUUCCAGGAGAGAUACCUGUACCUGUACACACACAAUCAAGGCGAUCCAGGUCCCGGGAACCCAGCACCAGCGUUCGCGUGGUGCGCCGCAACGACAACAUGGACACCGUCGGCGCAGCUCAGACGUUGCUGCGCGCCACAGCGCAGGCUGCAGCCGAUGCCGUGCUGCAGCCGCCCUCCAUGUCCUCCACAGCAGCACCUUCAGAGGUGUCGACUGCGACGGUGAGACGUGUUGUAGGCACUCGGGUGGAUCCCAAGACUCCUACGAUCCAAGCCGUGGCAAGGGUGUCUGCGUCCCCGGCACCGCGUACCAGCAGCCAUAGCAACAGCCCAGUUCGCGUGUCCGCGCGGCGCGCGGUCAGCGAGACGCCAUCCAAGGUGGAGGCGGCGUCGCCCAGCCCAGAGCGGCACCGCACCAGCAACGUUGCUGCAUCCUCCACGUCCGAGACCACAGCAGCUUCAACUGCCAGUGUCCGGGUGGUGGCUCGCAAGAUUCGACGUCCUGACAAUACAGAACGUGAAUGUGGCUAG